AUGCCUACAAUAAAUCAAUUGAUUCGUCAUGGUAGAAAGUCAAAACGGCGCACACAACGUACUCGAGCUUUAACUCAAUGUCCUCAAAAGCAGGGAGUAUGCCUGCGUGUUUCGACGAGAACACCAAAGAAACCUAAUUCGGCUUUACGCAAGAUAGCCAAAGUACGUUUAACCAAUCGAAAUGAGAUAAUUGCUUACAUUCCUGGCGAAGGCCAUAAUUUGCAAGAGCAUUCUGUGGUUAUGGUUAGAGGGGGUAGAGCGAAAGAUUUGCCAGGUGUGAAAUACCAUUGUAUUCGAGGAGUUAAAGAUUUGCAGGGAAUACCGGGUCGACGUCGAGGCAGAUCUAAAUAUGGUACAAAAAAACCCAAAGAUUCUAUAUGA